AUGAAUGAACAACAUCAAAUCGUUAUGAUGAAACAUGAUAAAGAACUUUCCAAAGCAGAUCAUCGAUUGAAAUCGAAAAUCAAAUCAUUGAAAAUGAGUUCUAAUAGCAGUGCGGUUGAAAGAGCACGCACAUUCUUUCGUGUCUUUGAUCACAAACGUCAUCAUGAUAAUGAACAAUCGUCCUCGUCGUCAGCAAUUUGUCAAUCGAUGGCGACUAAUGAUGCUCCUGUUUUAAUUCAUGGUAAAACUUCCAAUCAAGAUUUCUUCCUGAGUCCCAUCGUUCGUAAAACGAAUAUUUCCAUAACGAAAAGUAUGAAAGUUGAUAAGGUUAAUCCGCGAGAUAUGAUUGUUUAUCGUGUUGUGCACAACGAUCAAAAUGACGAACGCUUCACGUUAAAUUAUUUUCAAAGAAAGUACCGACAAUACAUGAAACCAUCCUUGUUAUACCCUAAGCAAUAUUACCAAAAUUUAUUGAGUAAAACAAAUUAUACAUACGCAACAUCCUUCGAUAAACGAGGUUCGUCUCUACGUACUUCACUACCGACAUUCGGUUCGAAUUCUGCGCGAAUUCAUCCGCCGCGGAACGACACAAGUCUCUGUCCGUAUCGUUUUUCAAAUCUUCUAUAUGAAAAUUCGACCCGUCAUUCUCGUCUUAACGAGUCAGCUUUUCUCGUUCCAUCAUCAACUACUCAACUAGUUCGUCCAUUGCCAUCCUCGAUGGUCGCAUGGAAUCAAUGUGUUGAUCGUUUAAAUACGGAGUAUCGAUCAACAAUCGAAGCUCUUCAACAAGCGAAAGAAUAUCUCGAAGAACUCUACGUCUCUCCCAGUAAUACAAUUUCCAAGUAUGCAAGUAUUGUUGCACGUGGCAUCGAUAAUCUAUCGAAUAACGAAUCAAAAAAAUCGGUAAAUGUCACCUUUUGCUUGCCGCCGCUAAUUAAACCAGAGAAAACUGUGAUCGAACAAAGUAAAGUUGAAUCAUGGAAACCGAAACUUGUGAAACCGAUUGAACUGAGUACAUUUUCAACGUACGAUGAUUCAUCAGACGAAAAGUCCGAAUCGAUUUCCACGAUUAUAAAAAAAUUCAACAAUUUGAGCGCUACAAUGGAGAAGGACGCGAAUGCACAGAAAUCUGACCCAUCGUUUUUAUUAUCGAAAUUCGAUUCGAUCAAGAAAGCUGAUCCAGUUAAGACAAAAUUUCAAGAAGAAGAAACAAGCUACACAAUUGAAACGUUGUACAAACGUGCGAAUGAUCGGAAUUCAUUUACGGAUGACGAACCAUUGAUCAUCACGCGAGAAAACGCCACUGCCGAACAGUUCGAUUCGAUCUGCGACAAUAGAGAACAAGUGCAAACCACUAAUACAAAUUCUCAAUUACCAUCGACGAACACAUCGAAAUUUAUUUCUCAAAUACCAAAACGAACAGCAUCCACUAUGCAUGGCUCGCGCUUAAUAUCCUCAACUGUAUCUUCCAGUCUUUCGAAACCAUCGCCAGCUCCCACCAAUAAUGAUCACGAAACGAACACAUCUGACUCGGCAAUAUCAAUUCGUAAAAACUAUGUGAAAUCAAUCGUACGACGGUUGAAUACAUCGGCGUCAAUGCCAUCUACAUCUUUACCAAGCAAACAAACUGGCCGUCGUGUAUCUAUUCAACCAACAACAUUUAAUACAAAAAAUAAUAUUUAA